AUGGCAAGAAAUGCAAGGGCAAAGAGGCAUGCGGCUCGUCGUCUCAGGGCCACGCCGUAUCCCAUUCCUUCAUACCGCUGGAAAGCAAUGAAAGGAGCCAACCGGAAGAAAGCACUGCCAACUGUGCAGAAGAUGGACUGGGAAGAUGCCAACUGCUCUGUAUGCAUGGAAUACCCACACAAUGCUGUGCUUCUCCUUUGUUCGUCUCAUGACAAGGGCUGCCGCCCUUACAUGUGUGGAACGAGCUACCGGCACUCAAAUUGCCUCGAUCAGUUCAAGAAGGCAUACACCAAGGGGGCAUUGCUUGAGGAACUGCCUGCCAGCACUGUUGGCAGUACCUUGGACUUUGUGCCAUUGACUGCAGUCGAGAAGACUGAGUCCAUUGACCUCGCAUGCCCAUUGUGUCGUGGCAAAGUGAAGGGGUGGACUGUGGUAGAACCUGCUCGAAGUUACCUGAAUGGGAAAAGGAGAACAUGCAUGCAGGAUGGCUGCUCGUUUGUGGGGACGUACAAGGAACUCCGCAAGCAUGUGAAGUUGGAGCACCCUCUUGUGCAGCCAAGGGAAGUGGAUCCUGCCGUGGAACAGAAGUGGAGAUCGCUCGAGUUUGAAAGAGAGAGGGAAGACGCACUCAGCACGGUCACUUCAUCAAUGGGGAGGGCAGUGGUUUGGGGUGACUAUGUGUUGGACCUGGAGGAUGGAGCGGACUUGGAGGACGAAGACAGCGACGACGACGAUCGUGGCAAUGACCGGGAGGCAGAUAACGCUCGGAGGUUGAUAAUAUUCAUGAUGCGUCAAGUUGCUCAGCGACAUCGAACGCAAAGUCUCCAGAGUCCAAGUGGCAUGCCUGGAAAUGCCGAGGAAGAUUAUGCGGUUAGCGGUGGUGGUGCCAACGAGACCACCCCAUACCCUUUCACCUCGGAGGGCGACGACGAGGAUGAUAUGGCUCUGGCCGGAGCGGGAGGCGCGGCACUCACUGCACUGCCGGGUGAAGCUAUGAAUAAUUGCAGACAUGAGAACGAUGAAAUGCACAUCUGCGCUCGCAUAAUACAGCACAUUUUGGCAUAG